AAACUCAAUUUUGCAUGCCAUUUAAUUGUGUAGGUGUACCUAAUAAAAUGUCCUGUGUGUGUAGCGAAGCAUUAACCCAGCCCUCCUCCACCCCUCCGUCCCCUCCACGCCGCCCACCAUGCAGUGGCGUGCGCGCCCCGUCGUUGGAGUGGUUGCUGGUCUUGGUCUGAGCCGCUACUGCUGGUGGAUCGAGGAUGGGUUAGUCGUCAUGUGCUUGUGGCUCCGGGCAUCAGUACAGCUUGAUUCGGUCCUGGACUCAGGGCACAGCGUGAGUCUAACCAGCUCGCAGAAUUUGUCCAUCCCCAUGUCGACCGAGAGGGGAGUCGUCAGUGCACAUUUUUGACGCAUCCAUCCGGGGGAAAGUCACCGUUUUGGCCCCAUGGAGGACACACUUUGCCGGUACUGAGGUGGAAUAUCCCGGGCGGAGGGAGAACGGAGAGCGAGGCAUCUCUUUUUGCAAGGAUACCUUUUCAUUUUUAUCCAUUUGAUUUUUCAAGAUGGAUUGAGAAAAGAUCGGAUCUUUUUGCAUUCUUAAUUAGGAGACAGCCGCUGAGCCGCAUCCGAGACACCGGCGAGGGGGUGUCGUUGGACGGCGAGGGCCCGCUUCUGCUUCCCGUGGAACGGAGGAGGACACCGGAGGAGUAAGACAGGGAGGGAGGGGUACCCGGGGUAGUCUACACCGGGAGCCAGGGGCUGUGCGGCGGCUCCAUGAGGAGGGAGAGCCCUGCAGAGCCCAGCCGGAGUAGAGAGAGAGAGAGGACCAGUGGUGGGCCAGUUUGGAAGUUUGGAUGCAUAUGAUCACAACCACCAUGAUUUUUAUGAUUCUGGGUGCUUCAGUUGUCAUGGCGAUCGCCUGUUUAAUGGACAUGAACGCACUACUUGAUCGCUUCCACAACUACAUCCUGCCACAUCUACGAGGGGAGGACCGCGUCUGUCACUGCAACUGUGGAAGGCAUCAUGUCCACUAUGUCAUUCCGUACGAUGGGGACCAUUCCCUGGUGGACUCCUCAGAGAACUACUUUGUCAGUGACAGUGUGACCAAGCAGGAGAUGGACUUGAUGCUGGGUCUUCUGUUGGGCUUCUGCAUCAGCUGGCUCUUGCUGUGGCUGGACGGCAUCCUGCACUGCGCCGUCAGGGCCUGGAGGUCGAGCCGCUACUACGAUACGCCAUCCUGGUCAUGGCUGCCACAGUUCUGCAACCUUCGAGAGUUGCGUCGCAGGGCCCAGCUCCGACAGUUAGACGACUCAAGUGGCAACAUGGUGCAUAUCAAGCAGAAGCUCUACCACAAUGGCCACCCAAGCCCCCGUCAUCUCUGACUCAACAGCAGAAUCACAACCAACCAAUCUGAGCGUGUCCGGCUGGAAUCCUUCUUUCACCCGCCCCCAAAUUUCACGGCACGUGGCCUCACAGGAAUCCCCAUGCACCCUGCAUAACGUUACCCUCUGAAGAGCCCCAAGAGAAUUUUCCGCAGUCCGAAGCAGGCCCCCAUCAACAUCAGAAAAAUGAAAUUCCCAAUUGAAGCAAGUUGGGUCCAACAUUUUGGGAGCAGGGACAAAAACAAAACAAAACAUUUUUAAGGGUGUUUUUUUUUCCGUAUAGAGACAUUUUCUGUGUUGAUUGUUUAACUUGGCAUGCUCUUUUAGAACAGGGUACGAUGUGGGCAGUGUUUCCGUUUUUUAUUUUGGGUGGGAGAGUUGUUGCUUUGGGGUGGGUGGGUGAAUGCAACUCCUGGGUGGGUGGGUUUUUGUGAUGUUAGAUUACUGCUUGUGUACAUAGGUAUAAAUAUAGACUGGGGGGUUAAAAACAUAACAAAAAAAGAGGAAGUGGGUUUGAUGACUUGUUUAUCGAUAACGAUUGGCUUGUUGGGUCCAAAUUAUAGCAGCAGAACAGGAAGAUGAAUCUGUUUGAAAACUGGAUGUGAUACCAUGUUAAAUUCUGCCAAAAAAAACAAAAACAAAAACACAGAUGAAUUAGCUUUAUAGUGAAUUACCUGAAUGUAAUAUUUUUUUCCAUGUAAAUAUGUGAGAGAGAGGGAACGAAAAGGGUUGUGGUUUGGGUUCUCUUUGCUACAUAUAAUUAUCAUUUCUGAGACUACACAGGAGGAGAUGUGUGCUUCCUGUUUUCAUGUACGUAGAUACCUUUUCAUUUUUCUCACUUUUGUGUUGCCCAGCCAGUAAACUCCUCGAAUUCACAGAGCUCAAGCAUAACUACCCAAUGAAAAAGAUAACACAAACUAAGGAAAUUACUCCAAACACAGCACAAUACGGAUUAAAGAUUCUGUAAAGUGAAUUCAGAUAUGUUUCUCAAUACAUUCUACAAGUUUAAAGACACAGCUGAAACCGUGCUAAGACUGAGAAUUAGCUAGCACUCAUUUGUGUAUAGUGUGAAACUGUUUUUCACCAUAUAGGUUUUUCAGAUUUUUGGUGAGGCAUGACGACAAUGGAUCCUAGUCACACAAUUUGGCAUCAGGCAUUUAGUCUCUCCUCACCACCUAGAACUUCAAUGCCUUCACUCACAUCAGUGGCAAUUGAGUUACUAAGUUAUUAUUAGUUGGCUAAAGAUUAGCUUGUGAGCUAGCUGGUAGCUAGCGGCCUCUCAUCGUGGUGUGGAAACCCCUGUUUUGCGGAUCACGCAUGUAGAUAUGUGCCAGCAUAAGCCCAGUGUGAUUUCAUGCAUUCUGUAUAUAUGGCCACAGCGUUGUGGAGACAACAGCAAAGAUGGAGAAGACGGUUAACAACAAUCUUCUCUGUCAAGCAUUAAAUCUACUAGACAUAUAUGUAUUUGCCCGGUGGUCAAGUGGUUAGCGCGUCGACCUCACAGUGCAGAAGUACCGGGUUCGAUUCCAGCUCCGUCCUUCCUGUGUGGCGCUUGCAUGUUCUCCCUGGGCCUGCGUGGAUUUUCUCCGGGUACUCCGAUUUCCCCCCACAUUCCAAAAACAUGCAUGGCUGGCUGAAUGAACACUCGAAAAUUGUCCGUAGGUGAGAGUGCGGAUGGUUGUUCGUCUCUGUGUGCCCUGCGAUUGGCUGGCAACCAGUUCAGGGUGUCCCCGGCCUACUGCCCGGAGAUGGCUGGGAUAGGCUCCAGCACCCCCGCGACCUUUGUGCGGAUAAAGUGGAUCGGAAAAUGGAUGGAUGGAUAUUUAUUUUUACUUUUCAGGGACCUUAAGAGGUCAACUGCUCACGAUGUACUCUUAAAAGGGAAGUAAACCCCCAAGUUCUAUUGAGAGGAAUACGUUCUAUCCAUCUCCACUAGUCUAAACAUGGCAUUCUGAUUAAUAUUGCAUUUGUGUGAUAUGAAAUCAUCAGCAAAAUCCACUCGUUUUAGCCAUCUCACGGGUGGCCAUUUCCCCCACUUUAUUUCAGCUGAAAAUGACAUCACAGUUGCUCUGGGCUCAGCUAACAACCAAUCACAGGGCAUUCGUUUUCUGAAGCUGAGCCAUGAUUGUUUGUUACGUAAGCCCUGAACAACUGUGGCAACUCCCUGAGAUGGACAAAAACGGGUGGAUUUACUGCUUAAAUCAUAUUCCACAAACACAAUUCUAAUCAUCAAAAAAAAAAUUGGGGUUGAUUUCCCCUUUACGUAAACUCUACGCUAGAGGUGUCAACAUUUAUCAAUUAAUUGACAAUAAAUCCAUUAUCAACUUAAACACCUAUUUUAAUAAUUGAGUAACCAUUUCGAGCCAUUGUUUAACUUAAAAUUGUCCAAAUCCUCUGAUUUCAGCCUCUCAAUAGUAAAUAUUCUAUAAUUUCCGUCGUCCUUCAUGGAAGUAGUCUGAUAAUAUUUUCUUAUCUUCACAAGCAUCUGUUUUUCCUUUAUAAUCGAGAGAUCAAGAAUUCAAUAGUGACAGCCCAACUCCACAGGUUAUUGUUUGGGUCAUAUGACUUCUGCGUCACUGUAGACUUUAUUACCACAACACACAACACCUUUACAGAAGGCAGUGUACUAUGUCACAUUUGUAAAGCUGUCGUUUAUUAUGGAGGAUAAGGGAAAAGUCCGUUAAACGUCACAACGGCAACUCGAAAUACUUAAAACACACAAAUUUACUGUAUGAAACAUCUCACCAUCAGCCAUGAAGCGCAGGGAACCCUCACCAGAUCCCCACUCGCCCACCCUCCUGUCCAGACAUUGCUGUUGUGAGGAUGAAAUGUCUGUUUUAUUAAAAGUGCCAUUGAAGCGCA